UCAGCCACCUCUGGGGCUCCCUAGGGGCGCCCCGCCCCUCGGGCUGCGCUGGAGGCGGGGGCGGGGCCAGGCGCCCCAGCGCCGUUGGGAGGGCCCGGAGCAGGUGGAAGGCUGGCGGCGCCGGCGGCUGGGCCUCCCGGUCCAGAGCACCACCUCCCACCGCUCCCUUCCUUGCCUGUCCCCGAUGCCCUCCAGACUUUUGCCUUUGCCGGGGCCCCCGCCUGACCAGCCUCCCCUCCCUGUCUGGUUGGGAUUUGGGGGCUGAGCCGUCUGGGGUCCCAGGGCUGAUGCAGUGCCGGCUCCUCCGGGGCCUGGCCGGAGCCCUCCUCACCCUUCUGUGCAUGGGGCUCCUCUCCCUGCGGUACCACUCGAGCCUGUCCUCUCAGGGCGUGCAGGAGACCCCCGAGCCGGGCCCGCCGAGCUCUCGGCCCCCUGAGCUGCAGCUGCACGAUGUCUUCAUCGCGGUCAAGACGACCCGGGCCUUCCACCGCUCCCGCCUGGAGCUGCUGCUUGACACGUGGGUCUCCAGGACCCGGGAACAGACGUUCAUCUUCACAGACAGCCCGGACGAAGGCCUCCAGGAGAGACUGGGGUCCCACCUUGUGGUCACCAACUGCUCUGCAGAGCACAGCCACCCCGCCCUGUCCUGCAAGAUGGCUGCUGAGUUCGAUGCCUUCUUGGCCAGCGGGCUGAGGUGGUUUUGCCACGUGGACGACGACAACUACGUGAACGCGCGGGCGCUGCUGAAGCUGCUAAAAGCCUUCCCGAGGACCCGCGACGUCUAUAUCGGCCGGCCCAGCCUGAACCGGCCCAUCCACGCCUCCGAGCCGCGACCCCGCAACCGCACGAGGCUGGUACAGUUCUGGUUCGCCACUGGGGGUGCCGGCUUCUGCAUCAACCGCAAACUAGCUUUGAAGAUGGCCCCAUGGGCCAGUGGCCCCCGCUUCGUGGACACGUCUGCGCUCAUCCGGCUGCCUGACGACUGCACUGUGGGCUACAUCGUUGAGUGCAAGCUGGGCGGCCGCCUGCAGCCCAGCCCCCUCUUCCACUCCCACCUGGAGACCCUGCAGCUGCUGGGGGCGGCCCAGCUCCCGGAGCAGGUCACCCUCAGCUAUGGCGUCUUUGAGGGGAAGCUCAACGUCAUUAAGCUACAGGGCCCCUUCUCCCCCGAGGAGGACCCCUCCAGGUUGCGUCCCAUCGUGUGCCCUUCCAACAAUGCUACAGUGAAUUUUCUCCUGCACACGUUAUCGUGCUUACGGGUGAGUGUGUUGGAUGAUAAAUUCCUAACAGUGGGAUUGGUGAAUUACAGAGAAGGUGCAUUUAUCGUUUAGGUAGAUAUUGUCCGGUUGCCCUUGAGAGAAGGUAUACUGACUUAUCUUCCCUGUAGUCAUGUAAGAGAGGAAGGCACCGCUUUACAACUAACACACAUGUCUCAGCAUUGUGCCAAAGAUUUCUUCUUCCUUGGGGAUGCUAAUCUGACAUUUCCUAAUACCGAUUAAAACAUCGGCCUCACACUACAUUCUGUUAAGGGAUUUGCAACUUAAUUGCAUUUGUUCAUGAAACAGAAUUAAUACUGAAUAACUUGCCGUCAACAGAACUAAUUUUGACCCUGUGCUAUGACAAAUCUAUUCAUGUUUUGUGUUUUAAAAAUCUGUUCCAAGUUAAAAAAAAAAAGCUGCUACUUGAGUACCAUUAAACGGAUAUAAAAAAAUGAGACUCAAUCUCUGUGUGGACGCCAACCUUUCCAAAUAGGACAAAAUUUAUUUUUAUCAAUUCUUUCCCAGAGGUAUGGCCAUGGAAAUUCACGACUGGAAAUUCUCUUAUCAGUAGUAUCUGACAAGGUAAUGGAACAAUGCUCAAUCGAGUAUUAACUCAACCCGCGUGUUCUAGGCUACGUGUGCAUUUAGAAGCAAACAGCACCCUUUACGAAGCUCACACCAAACCACUCACCCCUCCAAUUUCUAACAAGAGAGUAACUGAGAAUUGUUAUGGGCAAAUCAGGAUCCAGGUAAACCAGAGAAACAGGUUAUAACCACGUUAACUAUGUUAUGUUAAUCCACGUCCAUCAUUAACUAAUCACCGUUUUCAAGAAGGGGAGUUCCGUUUUAGGGGAGAAAGUUCCCAUAAAUGAAGAACAAACUCGAAAAUGAAGUCAG